AUGAAGGAUGAAGAAAUCCUCUCAACUGAACUAUCAAUGCCCCACCCUCAACGCCCCAACCCAGGGAUACUCUGCGAACGUCUGGCGGAUCAACUAAUCGGUCAGGAACUAAGAUUAUCAUCAAGUCUUGCUUUUGUAGACACAGAUUUACCUGAUUCAGCUCCCGACCUGGUUUCAAUUGAUUCAAAUGAUGAAAUUUUCACGACUUCAGAAUUGGCAAUUGGCUUGGAAUCCACUAACUCUCCUAUAACACUUGAUCCUGACAACAACUGCACAGCGUUCAGUACAAAAACGGGCCUUCUGGCUAUAAACCGGGCCGCACUUGUGUCUUGGCUUUCAUGCUUUCUUGCCCGUAGUCCUGGCCAAUUUCUUGCCCAGUUCGCCAGCCAAUUGGCUUGGCCAGAGGAUGGGGCGCAGUUUGCAUAUCGACGCGAUGAUGAUUGGCUAAUCGACUUCCAUCUGAGGCGUUGGUACGACCCAACGACUCAGGCCAGUCAUAGUCAUAACUCACUGCAGGAAUUUCCGCAACAAUUUCACCCACAAAGCGAUUCCCAGUUGAAUAGACCUCAAAGCGAUCUACAAUCGGUUCUUUUGCAGCAAGAGUCAAAGCCUCCAGCCCCCAUGGAUUGUCAUCAGCUCAGAACACUCACAUGUGCAGUGUUGCAGACAAAAAGAGUCCGCAAUAGGCGCUUGCGGGUAUGA